GCAGGAUGAUGGUAUCUGUAACUUUUUGGGCAGUUCCCUUUUGAAUGGCAUAAAACCUCUGUAUCCAGCUGACUGUCAGGAGAUACAUUUGGGCAGUGACAUGGAGCUGAAAUAUGACUCAACAUGCUGGACAAACACAAAACAUGCAGACUGACUGAAGAAGGAAUGUCUGAAGAGAUUCAUAUGGAAAUAUGAUGAGAUAGCAUCAGAAAAUGGAUGCAACUGAUUAUAAGAUGGACUUGAGCCUUCCUAGACGUCAGAGUUUGAUACAAAACAUCCAUUGGAAGAAAGAAGAUGUGGAAAAUCUCUCUGAAGCUUUAGUGAAACGUUUCAAAUGGCAAAACCUACAAACUGGACUCAUGGACACAUGGAUGGCAAAAAUACUACAUACGAUAGAAAUUCAUCAAAUUGAUCUAGAUCUAACAUUUGGGUCAGAUGGUUGCAAUGUAAUCGAGUUGGUGAAUAACAACGAUAUUGAUGAUGACAAUCUCUUAAGCAUUUUAGGGGAGGCCAGAGAAAAAAGUCUUGAGGAAAUUCUUGAAGACCUCUCUGAACAUGGAGUUGAUUUACAUUUGAUUGACAAGGUGAACACGAUUGUGUCAAAUGUAACUAACCAGAAACCAUUUCUGAAAGGCAGCAUGGAAAGUUAUCUGUUUGAUCUGUGCAAACAAGUAAGCGAAGUGAAGAAAUUGAAUCCUCGUAUCAUUCAAAUGGUGAGUUGGUGCCUCCUGGCUCUUUCUGAGUCCAGUUACCUGUUGCAGGUGCGCACAGGAGAGGGAAAGUCAUGCAUAGUGGCCAUGUUUGCUGCAUACAGGGCCUUAAAGGGCCAGAAGGUCGAUAUAAUUUCCAGUUCCCCAGUACUUGCUCAGAGGGACGCAGAGGCUUGGAAGCCCUUCUAUGAAAAACUUGGUCUGAAAGUAAACCAUAACACCAGUACAUCAGAUGAAGAGGACUUAAAACAAUGCUACAAAUGUGACAUAGUGUAUGGCACAACAGACAAUUUUGCAGGUGACUGGCUUCAACACCAUUUCAUGAGGAAAAAGGUAAGGGGGGACAGACAAUUCCAUUGUGUGAUUGUGGAUGAAGUGGACUCUCUUAUGUUGGAUAAAGGUCUGGAGAUGGUGUACCUGAGCAGCAAGAUGCCGGCCAUGCAGGAUCUGAAUAUCAUUUUGUCAAGGAUUUGGCUCUUAGUGAGUCAGCACGAAAAACUAAAUUGUGGGAAAACAGCAGGGCCCAUCCAGCCUUUUAUCAAUUUUCUACAGGAAAACAGUGAUAUUUCAUCUGAGAUGAACACACUUAAUAUUUUGAAGGUGGCUGAGGACAAGGGUAUUUUUCCAAAGGGAUUUUCUGAGGACAUGAAACAUCUCAACGCUGAAAACGUAAUUCAAAAACUUGAAUGUGUUGACAAAACUGUGAUCAUUGACUUUUUCAGACUGGCUGAAGAAACAAAUCCUAACUAUUGCUUCAGAUUGUUUUCUGAAGAGGAGGAUGGGACUCUAAAGAAGCUGAUCAGAAUAGAGGAUGGAGAAGUGGGAGACCGCCAAGAGAUUCCGUUACUGUUCCUGAAAGGAGGUCUAAUGAGAUAUUUGUUCUCAGAUAGACAGACACUCUUCAACUGGGUUGAGCAGAAGAUUAGAAAGGAUCUUCAGUUUACUUCCCCUGAUGUAACACCUGAAAACUCACCUAUCAUAGGCUUCCAGCAUUUGAUUUAUGACAAGCUGCGGGUUUGGGUAGAAAAUGCCUUUAGGGCCACAGAGAUGGAUCUAGGUGAUGAGUACAUUAUACAGGCAGACACUGUGGUCCCCGUAGACUACCAAUGCACAGGUGUUAUUCAAAGCAACAUGAAGUGGGGUGAUGGGCUUCAACAGUUUUUGGAAAUGAAACAUCAGACCAAGGUUAGCAACAUGACGGUCAUUACAAACUUCAUGUCCAAUGUGAGGCUUUUUAAGAUGUAUGAGAGACAGGUGUUUGGGGUCACAGGAACCUUGGGGAACAAAGAGGAAAUUGAAAUGCUUCAAGAACUCUAUAAUGGCAUGCAUACUUGCACCAUGCCUUCUUUCAAACGAAGGAAACUUUUUGAAGAAGUGGGCAACAUUUUGAGUGAGGAGGGAGAGUGGUUGAAAGCAAUCUGUAGCGCUGUCAAAGAAAAGGUCAAAUCCACGCAUUAUCGAGGAGAGAGAGCUGUACUAGUCAUCUGUGAGACAAUAAACCGGGCAUUGACUAUUGAAAAAGCCAUUAAAGAAUUAGAUCAGGAGGUCAACCUUAAAACUUACACAAAGAACUCAGACUCCCGUGAAGUCACUGAGAAUCCUAUUCAAGCAAGAGAUGUCAUUGUAGCAACAAAUCUGGCUGGUCGGGGAACAGACCUUCAAGUCUGUAAGGAAGUGAACAUGGCAGGAGGUCUCUUUGUUCUACAAACUUUCUUACCCCUGAACACCAGAGUUGAGCAGCAGGCAUUCGGUCGCACUGGUCGCCAGGGAAACCCAGGCUCUGCCCAAAUGAUCAUGUGUGUCAGCCAUUUAUCAAUGUCAGUCAUUGUUAAGAUAAUCACAAAUGUUGUGCCAAUCGAAGCUUUGAAACCAGUGUGCACUGAUGGCUCUGAUAAUAAGUCAUCGCAACAAAUUGCAAUAGCUAUUGAUGACCUACUGUCUUAUCUGAACACUCCAGGAAAAUCAAACAUUAGUGCUGCAAAAGAAGCAAGAGACAGCGUAGUGGGAGAAAGACUGUCAUCAUACCUGAAAAGAGACAUCCCUAAAAUGGCCACGCGGGAAGAUCUCUUCUUCGAUUACCUUCAACUGCUGGAUGAAAUGCAUGAAGAGAAUAAAAACUCCAAAAUGCUCAGUGAAAUUGUCAAGUCGAUGCAUGAGUGUUGGGGACUGUGGCUUCUGACACGCUUUGAUGAGAAUGAAUCAAAAGAGACCCUAAAGGUAAAAUUUGACGAGGUCAUGGGAAGUGCUCGAAAACACCUGGAGAAAUGGCGGUCUCCAUCCUCUGCCGUUUCUUUCAACAUCAGAUGUGGGAAUGCACUAAGACUUGAAGGGCAUUUCAGCAUGAGCAUUGAGAUGUACUCCCUGGCAUUGGAAGCAGAUGAUGAAGACUUCAUUGCUUUGUACAACCGUGCACUGUCAGUAAUGCAACAACAGGAGAUAGGGUAUGUCAGUGUAGCUUUGCGAGACCUUGAAAAAGCUGGAAAAUCAGUGGAGCAUGCCAUAACUCUCACUGAGGAGACAUUGACCAAUGUGGUCAUAACAGGGCCAAAUCCACUCGCUGGAAACAUCACAGGUUUCACCAAACAACUCUGCACACGUUUGCAAGUGCUGAAGCAUUUGAAGUUGAACAUUAAUGAGGCUGUGAACAAGCUAAUGGUAGCCCAUAACAUGGGUGGGGGAGUAAAGGUUACCCAGUGUCAUGUGUUCUUUCUACUGGGUAUAGAGUCUCUUUUGCAAGAUGUUAUUAAAGAUUUUGUAAAUGAGCUGGGAAACCUUCAGUCUCUAGGAUUGACUCAUAUAUUUUCCCUAAACACAACAUUUUCACUGGCUGGAUUUUUCUCAAAGUUGUUUAGAGAUAUUUAAGUAUUGAACAACAGGUUUUGCAAGUAGUCUCAGCCAACUCAAAGUUAAACAUUUGUUAAAACUUUGUUGUCUGUUUUUAACACAAUACCGUAUCAUUCUGAACAUUCCUGUUUUAAUGCGAUUCAUAUUGUUGGACAAUUUUAGCUUUCCCGACCUAUGAAAUGAACUCGAAUUGUGUUACCUUUACUAACCAAUGAGAUAAACUAAGAUAUUUCUGCCGCAUGACAACACCAUACCAGAGGAUUAAUGUUCUGGUUACUCUUAAAACUGUAAUAUGAAAUGAAUAGCAUUUUAUUUAUCUGAUAUAAAACAUAAUUAAUCUAUCAUAAUGGUUGCCCUGUAUUACACAAUUAUGUCUGUGAUCUACAUCUACAAUUAUGUGUCAACACUGCAUGUCUAUAUGACCCAGGGAAAUAAAAUCACAAUACUUACACAAAAUAUAUUUGCUCCCUACCCAACCAACAUGUCAUUUUAAACAUUUUGAGUUGGGUUGUCUUACAUGUUGCUGUACAUUUAAAGUUAUGUACUGUGUGUGUGUGUGUGUGUGUGUGUGUGUGUGUGUGUGUGUGUGUGUGUGUGUGUGUGUUUGUGUACACAGUUACCUAAGUUGACUAUAAAGAGGAAUAUAAAAUCUUUUGGA